UUGUCAUCCGUAUUGUCACCUUCGUAAUGCUUACUCAUGAGAGAAUCACGUCGAUGAAGCUAUUCGGACACCAUAUUUGACUUCAACUUGACCCUAACAUAGUUCUCACCUAUUUACUUCAGUUCACAUCCGAGUUGACGCAGUACCCUAAAAUUCAAUUUAGAAUCAACCCCGACCAGCUCACCCCAAACCCAUUCAGCCAGAGACUCUAGACUCUAAACUCCUAAAACAAACAACAACAACAUGCCCUCUCAAAGACCAACUUACAAAUCCCCCCUAGAAGGCUACGAAAAUGCCCCUCCCCUCCCCACCGAAAAGGCCGAAGACGGCAAGAGCCUCCUCAACAACCAAACCGGCGUGCUCAGCAGCGCCUACGAAAAGUUUCCCGAGCCUCUAGAUAACGGGCGACGAGGUGCCUUCGACGUCCACAUCUAUCACCUCCCCAACCACCCCGCCCAAGCCCGCUACGCUGCCGAGCUGCACUCCCGCAUCAGACACGAGUUCCCCGAGUUACGCAUCUACACCUUUUGGAGCCAACCCGUCGGUCCUCACCCGAUUGGCAUGUUUGAAGUGAACAUCUUUACGCCGGCGCAGCUUGGUGCCUUUGUGGGCUGGUUGGCGGUCUGGAGAGGACCGUUGAGCGUGUUGAUUCAUCCGAAUACGACGGAGAAGACCAUUAGUGAGGGCGGAGAGAUCAGUGAGGCGGAGAAGGAGGCGAGGAAUCAUACGGACAAAGCGAUUUGGAUGGGGGAGAAGGUGGUGCUGAAUACGGAUAUGUUUUGGGAGGUUAUGGAUCGUUGAGCAUCAAGGGGAUUCAUUUUCGAAGUAGGGAAGAAGGAGGAUACCCUGGGUAGAGAACGGUUGGGUACCUAUGUGAUCUCUAUAUCAGAGAGUGAUGAGAUAAGAUGCCUUCUCUACCGGGAAGUUUUUGGGUUGGAGAUGAAAGCGUCAAUGGGAGGGAAAUGUUUUGAAAGGAUGACAAAAACCUUGAUUCGACCACUCAUUGUCUGCGAUCAGUUAUCGUGUCACUGAGUGAAUGAACCGGGUGAUAAGGUUUUUCUAAGAUCCCGAUAAUUCGAUCCUAUACUUCACAUACCGUAGAUACUUUCACCUUUCUAGACAAUCAUUGUUUGUUAGAUACCGUCCCUAACUAAAUAUACAUACCGAGACGAACAAUACCUUCGCCUGC